AUGCCCUACCCAAUCCAGGCGCAAGACCUCGUGAGUCCCAUCACCAGCACGGGCGAGGCCAAACUCCACGAACUCGGCCUACGGGCCCGGGCCUUCCGCUCCCUUUUCGACGCCUGGGAAGCCGUCCACCUCGUCCCAACAGCCACGGGGCCCCUCACCCGCGAUGACAUCCUGCAGCUCCUCCAAAAUGACCCUGCCAUCGCCCACAGCCUCCAAACCGACACUCCGACCCUAAUGCACAGCUACGAAACCCUCCGCACGUUCUACACCCAGCUCUCCACGCGCCUCUUCGGCUGGACAAGCCCCUACUUCCCCUCACACACCACCCUACACACGCAAUUCCACCACGGCGGAAGAGGCCUCGUCCUGACCGCGGGAAACAAACAAGCACCCUAUGUCCUAACCUCCCUGCAAUCUCUCCGGCAACAAGGCUGCACCCUCCCGGUGGAAAUCAUGUACCUCGGCGACGACGACCUGGGCGAAGACGCCCGCGACGCCCUGGAAGCCAUCCCCGGCGUUCUCACACGCGACCUAUCACCAAUGGUGCACGACGAAGGCUGGACGCUGCGCGGCUGGGCGGCCAAGCCGUUUGCGAUCUUGCUCUCCAGCUUCCGCGAAGCGAUCUUCAUCGACGCGGACGCACUGUUCCUCACCAACCCGGCGGACCUGUUCCAUGACCCGGGCUACGUCGAGACCGGGGCCCUCUUCUUCAAGGACCGGCUGCUCAUGCCCGGGGAGAAGCGCGCGUGGCUGCGGCAGGUGCUGCCGGCGCCGUUGUCGCGGGCGGUGCGCCGCAGCCGCAUGUGGACGGGCCAGAGCAUCCACAUGCAGGAGUCCGGCGUGGUGGUCGUCGACAAGUGGCGGCAUUUUGUGGCGUUGCUGCUGGUGACGCGGCUGAAUGGGCCGGAUCGCGAUGGUGAUACGGCUACCGGCAAGGUCGGCGUUUAUGAUAUGGUUUACGGCGAUAAAGAGACCUUCUGGCUGGGCUGGGAGCUCGUCGGAGAUACGGAUUACGCGUUCCACGAGGGCGCCGCGGCGGUCAUGGGCACGGCGCAGGUGAACCGCGCGCGGGCAGCAGCUGGGAAUGGGACGGUGGAUGCAGCUGGGGAUGAUUCGGAGCGUGGGAGCCCCGAAGACCCCCGGUUCCGCAUCUGCGCGCCGCAGCUGCUGCACCUGGGGACCGACGGCCGCCCGCUGUGGUUCAAUGGGUGGUUGCUCCCGAACAAGUACUCGGACGACCCGCGCCAGCAGCCGACGGCGUUCGAGGCGUUCAUCACGGAACCGCCGGAUGCGACGGCCGUGGGCGCGUGGAAGCUGCAGCAGAAUAACGUCUGCUGUGUGGCGGCGGAUCGUGUCGGGAGGUUCAGCGCCGCGGAGAAGGAGCUGCUGCGGGGGAUGGUGGCGAUAGCGAAGGAGGUGGGCGCUAUUGGUGAGGAGUGA